GGGUGAUAAUUUAUCAUAAAUAUUCGAAGAUAAAAAGUAUUGUAAUUUACAAUUUUUAAACAUUAUGGACAUAUCCAUGGACGUCAAUAUGCUUGCUAAACAUAAAAUAUAUUGGAUAUCGGUUAUUCGGUUUAAUUAAAUAAGCAGUGUAGUCUGUGGGACGGUUAAAGCACAUCACUAUUUAAAAGCCGGGCGUGGUGCGGCUGCGCAAAUCUGUUGUUUGAGUGAAGUGAAUAAGAAUGGCGUUAACUUUUAUUUAUUUCGGUUACUAUAAAAUAAUUUAGCAUGAAAAUCACUUUAUAAGACAAAUAAAAUAUAUUUUAGAUCUAAGUGAACGUGUUAGUGUAAAUGGUAAUUUCAGUAUACCAAAAACACUGAAGCAAGACGUAUCUAUGGGCGUUAACUUCAGACCCAAAGACUGAAACAUGAAUCUCAUACUUAUUUUUAUAAGUUCAGCAUCAAUAAUACAAACAUGUGUAUCUCAAGACUACUCAGUGCCUACUUACAACCCUGACACCAGUCAACCUAAUCCAACAAAUGAUUAUAUUGGUCAGAAUGACCCUAGAUAUGACAAUCCUUAUGAUCCCAGUCGAAGAACAUAUAAGAAUAGAAAUCAAUUUCCAAAUGUAAAUCCAAACCAAUAUGAUCCCAAUCAGAGAUAUGAUAACAGGAAUGAUCCCACAUAUAAUCAAAAUUCAUUUAACUCUGAAAGCACACAAAGGCCUUCAUGGGAUGUUGGAAGAACAUACAGCACAUCCUUUAAAAAUGCCCCUUUGGAGCAUAAUAAUCUUAUCAUUAAUGAAGCGACAUACUUUAUUAUUGCAUCACGAAUGAUCCGUCCUGGGCAGAUAUACAAGAUCUCUGCCAACAUUCUGCAAGCUAAACUACAAAUGACAGUCAAAGCCUCCGUAUCAAGGGAUGGUGUUGAAAUUGCUGAUGUUAUACAAAGAGUGAAAGAAGGUGUACCUGAAAUUUUAAACAUGAGGAUACCUCCAACAUCUGUGCCUGGCGAUUAUAAGCUAAGAGUGGAAGGAUUGUACUUGGACAAUCCCUUUGGAGGACGGGCCUUCGUAAACGAAACCCAGCUGGAAUUCUCCAAGAGAUUUAUGACCAUAUUCAUUCAAAUGGACAAGCCUGUGUACAUGCAGAAUCAAAUGGUUCGUUUCCGCGCCAUUCCUAUUAGUACAGAACUAAAAGCAUUUGGCAGAUCAAUCGAUGUCUUCAUACUGGACCCAAACAGGCGAAUUAUGAAAAGAUGGCUCUCAAGACAGAGCAACUUCGGUACUGUGAGUUUGCACUACCAGCUGUCUGACCAGCCGUUGUUCGGCGAAUGGACCAUCCGGGUGGAGGCGCUAGGACAAGUGGAAGAGACGCAGUUCCUUGUUGAGGAAUACUACCAAACUAGAUUUGAGGUGAACGUAACUAUGCCAGCGUUCUUCUUCAACACCGACCAGUACAUCCAGGGUAAAAUAAUGGCGAACUACACAUCGGGAGCCCCCGUACGAGGCAAUAUGACAUUACGAGCUACAAUCAGGCCGAUACCGCAGUACCGGCCGCGGUACUACGCGCAGGGGCAGUUCAAUAACAGGGGACAAUAUGCGACACCGCCAGGGUUCGAUACCAGCCAGUAUACUAGAGUACGUCCGAACUACAACCCAUACUUAUACAACGAGAGCGGAUACCAGCCGUACGACUACAAUGGCCCAUUAGAAGAGAUAGGCCAGCGCCGUUAUCUGCCGGGCCAGCCAAACCAGAUAGACCAGCCCGACUGGUGGUACGACCCGCAAUUAGUUCGCACCAGGAUGUUUAACUUCGACGAAAAGUACCCGUUCUGGAUGGCUAAACCGGACGCGCUUCAGUACCAGAACAACCCUAACUACAACCCUUACACCACCCCUACUCCGGGAUACAACUCAUACUAUACUGCACCUUACGACAAGCUGCCUUACCUGAGAUUUUUUAACGGCACAUACGACUUCAAAUACCCGAUGUCGGAGCUGGCUCAGCUAGUGCCCGAUCUGGACGGCGUGGAAGUUAUUAUCACCGCGGCCGUGGGAGACCCCUUCCUGGACGACAUCAUAGAGGGAUACAGCAUCGCCAGGAUAUUCAACUCCUCGCUCAAACUCACUAUAUUGGGGGGUUCGCCGCAAGUCUUCAAGCCGUCCAUGCCGUUCGAUGUUUAUAUGGUGGUGUCCUACCAUGACGGAUCGCCUUUACCAUCGUGGCGAGCUGCCGGGAUAUCUCUGUCCGUUCAACUUCAAGUAGAAGGGAGGGGAGGGGGCGUCGAACCCCAACACCCGACCCUCGUGCCCGGCCACCAGGCCGUGUGGCAUCUGCGGCUAGAUCUCUACAAACUGCUCAAAUUGGAACGCGACCAGAACUUCCGCGAAGUGUUAGGUGAAAUAUCAGGUGUACGUCUCAGGGCAGAACUGUCCGACGGAGGAGGAUAUAGGGCCACGGCCGAUGCUCACUUCAUAGCUCAUUAUAGUGAACACAACCAGCAUCUGAAGAUAUCCACCAGCACCACGGACGCAAGGGUGAACGAAUAUGUGGUAUUUCACGUGGAGAGCAGCUUUUAUAUGGAGACAUUCAACUACGUGGUCAUGUCCAAAGGCAUCAUUCUUACAACUGGUCAAGAGAACAUAGAGGGAGGCCUGUGCACGUUCUCCGUAACAGUAUCGGCGGAGAUGGCGCCGGUGUCCACGGUGGUAGUGUGGGGCGCCCACAGACGGAGGCACGUGGUCGCGGAUUCAUUAACCUUCCCCGUCAACGGCAUCUCCAGGAACAAUUUCACUGUGUUCGUGAACAACCGUAAGCAUCGUACCGGGGAGCGAGUAGAAGUCGCUGUGUACGGCGAGCCCGGCGCUUACGUGGGACUGUCGGCCAUCGACGACGCCUUCUACACCAUGCAGGCCGGAAACGAGCUCACUUACGCCAAGGUGAUAUCGAAAAUGUCCCGUUUCGACGAGUCCACGAACGGCACGUUCUCGUACACGUGGCGCUCGCACUUCGGCGACGCGGACGACCUCGUCUACUUCCCUUCUUCGACCUACGGCAUCGACGCCAACAGGACUUUCGAAUACGCGGGUCUCGUAGUAUUUAGCGACGUGAUUGUCGCCCGACGUCCGUCCAUCUGCAACCAGAGCCUCGGGCUUCUGGAGUGUCUGCAGGGAGGCUGCUACCACCAAUCCUCACGCUGCGACGGGAAACCCGACUGUUCCGACCGCACCGACGAGGCUAACUGCGAACAUGACGACUGGAUGGACUUGAAUCACUUCCGAAAAUUCCGUUUCAACCGAGUGCAGCGACAAUACGACAACGUGUGGCUGUGGCGGGACAUCAACAUCGGACCGCACGGACGAUACGUGUUCACCGUCGACGUGCCGCAGGUGCCUGCUCAUUGGACAGUGUCGGCGUUCGGUAUGUCUCCCUCCCUCGGACUUGGCAUGCUGCAUACUCCGAUCCAUUACUCGGGCGUACUACCUUUCUUCAUGAAAGUGGAAGGGCCGGACGAGUGUCGACAAGGCGAACAGGUUGGAUUGCGAGCGGUAGUCUUCAACUACCAGCCGCAACCCAUCGAAGCAGUGGUGGUAUUAGCUGCCUCACAGGACUACAAGUUCAUACAUGUGGAGGAGAACGGCAUUGUUCGUUCAUACAACCCUCGCACCUCAUUCGGCGAGCACCAGUUCUUCGUUUGGAUACCGGCGGGAGACGCGGGCAUCGUCCACGUGCCCGUGGUGCCCACCCGGCUGGGGACUAUCCACGUGCAACUCCACGCCUCCACUCUCAUGGGGCAGCAUCAUGCUACCAAGACCAUGGAUGUCAAGGCGGACGGCCUCCCACAAUACCGUCACCAGUCUAUAUUACUAGACUUAUCCAACCGUGCCUACGUGUUCCAAUACAUGCACGUUAACGUGACCGAGACGCCGAUCAUACCGUACGAGGUGGACCGCUACUACGUGUUCGGGUCGAACCGCGCCCGCAUAUCGAUCGUCGGCGACGUGGUCGGACCCCUGUUCCCGACGAUGCCCGUCAACGCUACGAGUCUACUGGAUCUGCCUAUGGAUUCAGCUGAGCAGAACAUGUUCAGUUUCGCUGCGAACAUGUACUUGACAAUAUACAUGCGUCUCAUAAACCAACGCAACCACACUUUGGAGCGCGACGCGUUCUACCACAUGAACGUAUUAUACCAGCGCCAGCUGUCCUUCAUGAAGCCCGAUGGCUCCUUCAGCUUGUUCCGCAGCGACUGGAAUCAGUCAGCAUCAAGUGUUUGGUUGACGUCGUUUUGUGCGAAGAUAUUUCAGGACGCAUCCUUCAACGAAUGGGAGAACUUCAUCUAUAUUGAUCCUAAUGUGAUCUCCAUGGCGGUAUCCUGGGUAUUAGAACACCAGUUACCCCACGGUGCUUUCUACGAGGUGACAUGGCUACCGGACCGCAACGAUAACUCCACGCUAUCCGUGCCCAGGGAUCACCCUGUCGCCGGACAACUGCUGGCUGAUCCGGACAACCCUGCCGUUGUAGUAAAGGACUCAGUGAUAUCGCAACGUAACAUCACGCUGACCGCCCAAGUUGUUAUAAUGUUAGAAACUGUGAAGAAUCUCAAGGACAUCGGCAUUCGGGAGGGUCUGAGCGCUCGCGUGGUGCAAGCCCAACAACUGGGCAUCACGUGGCUGGAGAAGCAGCUCCGCUUACUCGACGAGUUCGGAGAGCCAUACGCGCUGGCUUUGGUCGCGCACGCGUUAACUCUAUCCAAGGCACCCACUUCGGAGCACGCCUACAGACUGCUGCGGAAACGGCAACGAUCCGAAGGCGGUCUAGUAUACUGGGGCCGCGAGCGCGUUCCGCCGCCUCCAUACAAAAUGGAGAACCAGAAACCUUUCCUAUUACCCCGCCUGCCGUACAAAUACGACUCCAACAACAUCGCAGCCACUGCGUACGCACUUCUGGCCUGCAUGGACCAUCAGGACAACAACGAGCCUAUAGUCAUGUGGCUGAAUGCGCAACGAUUGAAGGACGGCGGAUGGGCGUCUACGCAGGACACAUAUGUGGCUUUACGCGCUCUCAUCGAGUACACGAACCGUAAACGUUUGCGUGACGUGAGCUCGCUCGAUCUGACCAUCGACGCCGUCGCAUUAAACGGAUCUACUCGUUUGUUGCACGUUAGCAAUAAUAACCUAGCAUUGAUGCAGAGUAUAUCGAUCCCAGAAGCGUGGGGCACGGUAAAAGUGACAGCCCGCGGUGCCGGCUACGCGAUCCUGCAGAUGUCCGUACAAUACAACGUGGACGUGGAAAGAUUCCUCACAGCGCCUCCUGUAAAGGCGUUCUCUCUCCUGGCCCAGCCGCUGCGGUACUACGGCCGCAAUCAGUCGCACGUGGAGUUCCAGGCCUGUGCCAGCUGGACCCUCCUAGAAGAAUCCCCCCGGUCGGGGCUGUCAGUGUUGGAAGUGACAGUUCCCACGGGAUACAUGAUCCAGCAACAGAGGCUGGACGCGUACGUGCUGUCCCGACGCGUGCCUCCCUUGCAGCGCGCCAAGUAUACUCCCACCAAACUGUUCUUCUACUUCCAUUACUUGGACCAGGAAGCGACAUGCGUCAACUUCACGAUAGAGCGGUGGUUCCCGGUGGCGAAUAUGUCUCGCUACCUCCCAGUACGAGUCUACGAUUACUACGCGCCUGAACGCUUCAACGAGACGAUAUUCGACGCGCUGCCGACUUACCUACUGAAUAUAUGCGAGGUGUGCGGUUCCUCGCAGUGCCCAUACUGCGCCAUCUAUAACGCGGCCCCGAGAGUAUUCCUCGCCGCGCCUAUAUUACUCGUAGCUUUACUUACAACCUUUUAUCGGUACCAUGCACCGGAUCUGACAAUUGCAACUACGUAAACAAAACAUAUAAGACCUUGAUUCUACUGAAGGGCCAUUCAUUUAUUACGUAAAACUAUUUUCGCUGGUUUUUGACCCCCUCCCCUUUUUAUAAUAAGAAAAAAUAAAAAUAGGCCGAGCCCCUCUCGCCCUGUCUAAUAUAUAUUUACUAGCUGUCCCAGCGAACUUCGUACCGCCAUCAAAAAUAGGGGUUGGAGGUAGAAGGGUGAAAUUGUAGGGUUAUAUGUAUUUACUAAUACUGUACCAUAAAAAAAUUAAAAAAAAAAUAUAUCUAAAAUUGAAAAAAAAAUUUAGGGGUGGAUUACCCUUAACAUUUAGGGGGAUGAAAAAUAGAUGUUGUCCGAUUCUCAGACCUACCCAAUAUGCACACAAAAUUUCAUGAGAAUCGGGAAAGCCGUUUCGGAGGAGUUCAACCACAAACACCGCGACAGGAGAAUUUUAUAUAUUAGAUGUAAGAAUCUAAAGGAAAAAAUGAAUACACGCGUGGUUUGUUGUUGUUUUUGAUGUUUGUUUAUCAAAGUAACAAUGUUUAGAAAUAUUUUGGUAGUAAUAUACUUAGGUUAUCAAUAAGAACUAUCGGAACUCCCUCUCACCCCCCCUAAAAGAAAAAAAGACAUGAUCGAACCCCCCCCCCCCCCCCCUAAAUCGUCUUACGUAAUA